GUCAGGCGGUGGCUGGUCAGAGGCUGCGCGACUCCAGGAGUUCCCACGGCCCUGCUGUCUCCGCGCGCGCUGUCACCGCCGCAGCCUUGUGCAGUUGAACGCUGAGGUGCAGGAUGGUUUGCAGAGUGGCCUUGUUGCUGAGCCUGGUCCUGGGCAUUGCUGCUGUUUCCAUCGGCGUGGACGAUCCUGAGGAUACGGGCAAGCACUGGGUGGUGAUCGUUGCAGGGUCCAAUGGCUGGUAUAAUUACAGGCACCAGGCAGAUGCAUGUCACGCCUAUCAGAUCAUCCACCGGAAUGGGAUUCCCGAUGAGCAGAUCAUUGUGAUGAUGUAUGAUGACAUCGCCAACUCCCAAGAUAACCCAACACCAGGAAUUGUGAUCAACAGGCCCAAUGGCACGGAUGUGUAUAAGGGAGUCCCAAAGGACUAUACCGGAGAGGAUGUUACCUCACAAAACUUCCUUGCUGUGCUGAGAGGUGAUGCAGAAGCUGUGAAGGGCAGAGGAUCUGGAAGAGUCCUGAAUAGCGGCCCCCAGGAUCACGUGUUCGUCUACUUCACUGACCACGGAGCUACCGGAAUACUGGUUUUUCCUAAUGAUGAUCUUCACGUCAAGGACCUGAACGAGACCAUCCACUACAUGUAUGAACACAAAAUGUACCAAAAGAUGGUGUUCUACAUUGAGGCCUGUGAGUCUGGCUCCAUGAUGAACCACCUGCCCCAUGACAUCAAUGUUUAUGCAACUACUGCCGCCAACCCCAGCGAGUCGUCCUAUGCCUGCUACUAUGAUGAGGAGAGGGGCACCUACCUGGGCGACUGGUACAGUGUCAACUGGAUGGAAGAUUCAGAUGUGGAGGAUCUGACCAAAGAGACCCUUCACAAGCAGUACCAGUUGGUGAAGUCCCACACCAACACCAGCCACGUCAUGCAGUACGGAAACAAAUCCAUCUCUGCCAUGAAACUGAUGCAGUUUCAGGGUAUGAAACACAGAGCCAGCUCCCCUAUCUCCCUGCCUCCAGUCCCACACCUUGACCUCACUCCGAGCCCCGAGGUGCCCAUGACGAUCAUGAAGAGGAAACUGAUGCGUGCCAAUGACCGGGAGCAGUCCUGGGCUCUCAUUAAGCAGAUCCAGCAGCAUCUGGAUGCCAGAAACAUCAUUGAGGAGUCGGUACACAAGAUCGUGUCCUUGCUGGCAGAGUCCGAGGCUGUGGCUGAGAGACUUCUGUCUGAGAGAGCCCUGCUCACCGCACAUGGCUGCUACCAGGCAGCUGUGACACACUUCCGCACGCACUGCUUCAACUGGCACUCCUCCACGUAUGAGUAUGCUCUGAGACAGUUGUACGUGCUGGCCAACCUUUGUGAAAAGCCUUAUCCCAUUGACAGGAUAAAAGUAUCCAUGGACAAAGUGUGCCUUGGUCACUACUGAAAAGCUGCCUUCUGGAUGCUUCUCCAAGUGUGAAUACCAUCCUGUAGAAUGUGUGCUAACUGGAGCCUAGAGAGGUGACCUCCUGGGAAUACUGUUGGGCCACUCUGUCCCUCCCAGGCCCAUCUUUUGCAGGACAUUUGGUCACCUUCCCUGACUUCCCCAGUCUUCCACAGACACCUGUGAAGCUCUAAAGAAACUACAGGGUGGGUGGCAAAAGCUCUGUGUGGCGAAAGGGCUUUUUGCUUCUUAGGAGGUUUUUUUGCCCUUUAGUUUUCAAGAACAAGAGGCCCACUGGAGGCUUCUGUAGCCAGCGAAAGAAUCUUUGUUCUGAGAAAUUUGCAACUGAAACCUCGUUAAGUGUUCAAAAUGAUUUUCUUGAUUUUCUUGAAGGGGGCUGUUAGCCCCAAAGGGAAAAUUAUUUUUAGCAAAUAUAACUUUUGAUUGCUUUUGUAUUUUAUUCUUCAAUAAUGGACAAGCCUU